AUGUCUAUUGAGCACAGAGUUGGAGAGAAAUACGUUCUAGGUAAAAAGAUUGGAAGCGGUGCUUUUGGUGAAAUUUUCAUUGCUACCAACAAGCAAACUCUGGAGAAGGUUGCCGUUAAAUUGGAGCACCGAAAGGCCAAACAUCCACAACUUCUCUAUGAAGCUCGUUUACUAAAACUUUUGAAUCUCUCAAAGAAGGCCGUGGGCAUUCCAAAGGUGAAAUGGUAUGGUAUCGAAGGAGAUUUCAAUGUGAUGGUCAUGGAUCUCCUCGGAACCUCUCUCGAAGAAUUAUUCAAUCGUUGCGGCCGUAAAUUUAGUUUGAAAACCGUACUCAUGCUUGCUGACCAAAUGUUGAAACGUGUCGAGUAUUUGCACUCCAAGAACUUUAUUCAUCGUGAUAUCAAACCUGAUAACUUUUUAAUGGGACCACCAAAGAAGUCAGAAAUUGUCUAUCUCAUUGACUACGGUUUGGCCAAAAAGUACAGAGAUUCUAAGCACGUUCAUAUUCCUUAUCGUGACAACAAGCAUUUGACUGGAACAGCUCGUUAUGCCAGUAUAAAUAACCAUUUAGGAAUUGAACAAUCAAGAAGAGACGAUUUGGAAUCUUUGGGAUACGUCUUUAUGUAUUUCAAUCGUGGAUCAUUGCCAUGGCAAGGAUUGAAAGCAAGAACAAAACUUGAAAAGUACAAUAGAAUUUGUGAGAAGAAGACCAGUACUGGUAUCAAGACUUUGUGCGAGGGUUAUCCACCAGAAUUUGCCACCUAUCUCAACUAUGCUCGUUCUCUUGGAUUUGAAGACAAACCUGAUUACCAAUACUUGAGAAAAUUGUUCCGUGACUUGUUUGUUCGCCAAAAGUUUGUCAUGGACUAUGAAUAUGAUUGGGUGAUUUUGGACAAGAAGAAGGCUGAAGAGCAACAAGGUGGAGUUGUCGGAAGCAGCACUGCUAUGGUAGGAGGUGUUGGUGUUCCAGGAAACUCUACAAACAAUAUGGUUGGCUCAUCCUCUGGACUCGCUCCAAACCAACAAUAA